AUGGCCCCCUUCACUACGGCCGCGGACGGCAGCAGCCUUUGCACCACACCGAUCUGUCUCGAGAUCGCCUCAAACAUUCUCAUGAGUCUCGCGCCGAACCAUACCGACAUCGAUCCGUGCACAGACUUUGACAAAUAUGCGUGCUCUGGAUGGAAAGCAACCCAUGCUCCUGGGGCUGGCCAAGGAAAGGCCUCAUCGCUGGGUAUCGUCGGCAGUGAUGUCUCAAUAGUGCUGAAGAACAUCGUGGAAGGUACCUAUCCCAGCGGACCAGACGCUGGAUUCAUCACGGCAUCGCUGUCACAAGAGCAAGUCGGCGUAGAUCGGGACAACUUUCAGCUGAUCGUGGAGACUUACAAUGCCUGCAUCAAUGACACCGCCGUCAAGGCGGCAGGCUUGGGUCCUCUCAUCAAUCUCGUCAACCGCGUCGCGGAGGCGUUUCCUGUGGCCAACACUACAGAGGACAAGGAACGCAAGAUCUCAAAGAACGAUGCCAAAAACAUGGGCAAGACGCUACUGUUCUUUGGUCAACUAGGCAUUUCUACGUUCGAGUCAGUCACUGUUGACUUUGAUGACCAGAAUACGAACAAGACACUCAUAACCGUCGUUCCCGGAGGCACGCCGUUGCUCACGGGCUCAGUAGCCCGAAAUAAUGAUACUGUUGCAGAGUAUGAGCGCAUCAUGGCAGCACUUCUUCAGGCAGUCCAUCCGGCGAAACUCGAUGUUAUGAAUGCUCAGAGACUUGCUUUAGCCGUCACUAAGUUUGAAAAGGACGCGGUCGCUUUGCAGGCUACUGAUGACAGCAAGGCAAGCCCAACUUCGCCAGCUAGGAAAUUUAAGUUGGAAGAGGUCACAAGCGUGGCCCCAGAACUCGGUCACGAUUUCGUCAUCAACAACUUGAUUCCUGCAGACUAUACGCCCGAUCAACUUGUGUUUUCCCCCGCCUACUUUGGCAACCUAUCCCAGCUUCUCGCCAACACCUCUGUCGAGACAGUUCAAGGAUUCUUCAUCUGGAAAACAGUGUCCACCUUCUCCAACUUCGUUGAGACAGAUGUCACGGAAAGGUUGAACGACUUGAAAUCAAAGCUUCGCGCUACAGAUCCGGAGUUGGUUGGCAAGCCACCGAGAUGGCAGCAAUGUGUCGGUCAUGUGGAUGAGGGUGUCCCAUGGAGUGGCCUACCUGCCGGGCUCGGCUGGAUUCUGAGUCGAUUUUACCUCGAUAAGGCAUACUCGAACGAAGCUCGUGAUCUGGCUAUCAAUAUGAUGGGCACGAUCCAGCAGGCCUUUAUCUCGCGCCUCGGCGAAAAGGACUGGUUAACAUCCGAAGUCAAGAAAGAGGCCGAAGUGAAGGUUAACGCCAUUUCGAAAAAGAUCGGCUACCCCGAUGUAUCUCCAGACACCACAAACCCACGCAAGCUUGCAGAUUAUUACACUGGACUCAAGGUCACCGACUCCUACUUCGACAAUGCCCUUGCGUUUGCCACUUUCUCUAGCAAAUCGCUGUGGGCUCUGCUUGGCAAGCCUGCUGAUAAGAACAUUUGGCUGCAAACCCCAUCGACAACAAAUGCUUACUACUCUACAACCUUCAACGACAUUGUCAUCAAUGCUGGUAUCCAGCAAAAGCCCCUCUAUAAUGUUGCCUAUCCAUCAUAUGUCAAUUAUGGCGCACUUGGCACCGUUCUUGGUCAUGAGCUCACCCAUGGCUUUGACAACAGCGGGCACAAUUAUGCUGCCAACGGCUCCCUCACAAACUGGUGGGAUGAGCAGAGCCUCAAGGCAUUCAGUAAUCGUACCAAAUGCUUUGCCAACCAGUAUCAGCAGUUCACAGUCAUUGCGCCCAAUGGUACGAAUGUUCCCGUUCGGGGUAACUUCACGCUUGGUGAAAACAUAGCAGAUGCUGGAGGUGUGGCGACGAGUUAUACGGCAUGGAAGAAACUGCAAGCAGAUAAGAAGUCUCAAGAUUUCGACUUGCCGGGCCUGCAGAGUUUCUCGCAUGAUCAGAUUUUCUUCUUGAAAUGGGCACAGAAUUGGUGCGACGUGUCGUCUUCGAAGGUGUACGACGUCUACCUGCUUGGGGCCGACGUGCACUCUCCAGGAUUCGCUCGCAUCAAAGGGCCCUUGGAUAAUUCUAAAGACUUCCGCAGUGUUUUCAACUGCCCUCAGAGGCAGCCUACAUGUGAGCUUUGGUAG